CCUUCGCAGGUAGUUAGGUUAGCUAGAUAGUGAACGUUAAAUGUCGCAGUUACACUGUUUCAUUAGAGUGAAUGUGGUAUUGUGAGGGUGACGAUGAUUCCGGUGAGCUACAUUCUGUUGUGCGGGCAGUUCCUGCUGCUGCUGGCGGUCGUUUUCUUACAAUGUCUGGGAGGAAUUUACUCCCAAAACUCGUCGACAACGGAGACUCCCUCAGCUUCUCCUCGCCAGGGAGCGACAACGGUCCCGUUCAACGAGCAGCCGACGGACAACGUGAAAUAUGAAGUACCGGGAGAAAGCACGACUAAUGAUAGCUACGAGUACAACCCCCCAUCUCCGGUCGUCCUCUGCAGCUAUCUACCGGAGGAGUUCAUCUUCUGUCAAGACCCCGUCGAUCACGCCCUGAAUCACAGCGCCUUCCUGGAGCUAGGCCACGGCUGUGUCGGGUGGGGUGGCCAGACUCAGAAAGAGGUGAACCACACGAAGGUCGUGUGCACGGCCCUCGAGGGCAUCGAGUGCGCCGGAGCCAAAGAGUUCCUCAGAGGAAACGUGCCCUGCAUCAGGUACACCGGCCACUACUUCAUCACCACGCUGCUGUACUCCUUCUUCCUGGGCUGCUUCGGGGUCGACCGCUUCUGCCUGGGCCACACCGGCACCGCCGUCGGGAAGCUGCUCACCCUGGGCGGCCUGGGCAUCUGGUGGUUCGUGGACCUGAUCCUGCUCAUCACCGGUGGCCUGAUGCCCAGCGACUACAGCAACUGGUGCACAUACUACUGAGGGGCACCGGCAGGCCGUGGUCGGGUGGGGGGGGGGUCGUUUCUCAUUCAGACAUUAUCAGUUAUAAAUUGAGAACGCCAGUGAUGGUGGGGCCUUAGCCAGCCAUCGUUAUGGACCUGGGGGCUCGGUACCUCCCGAGGACGCCUUGAGGGUCCCAGGAUGCUGCCGAGAAGAAUAAGGAAUCUUCUCAUUUUUUAUUUGAAUUAAAUCCUCUUGAAAUGUCCCACAAAAAUAAUUACUAUUGUACUCACAGCCACAGGGAUGACAGAUUGAUGAUGAUGGUAUUUAACUGUCAACUAAGGUCUCUUUCACACCUGUAGAGCAGUUCAUACGGUCCGGACCAGGGGCGUAGUCUAGCCUUUCAGUCCUAGUCUGCCUAUUGAUCACUUUUGACUUGAUGGACACAUGAAGUAGGACUCGAGUACUUAGUGAUGUCAUGGGGGGGCGUCGCCACAGUUACUGAGGGGUUUGCGUAAAUAGAUGCAAUGCUCACAAGACGGCGCCCUUGACAUCUGUCGACCAGCAGAGGGAGCCAAACGAACACAUCUGGUGUCAGUAUGGCAGGCGGCGGUUUGGCUGCCACCCCACGGACGGGCACUUGGUCCCAGUCCAGUUGUUCAGCGCCAAGAGGAGUCCAAACCACUGGGUGUUGCGACGGUAAAGAAGCCGACAUCUUGUCGGUGGUCUCUUUGCGACACCAGAGAACACAAAGAAACACACUGGGCUCAGUGAGGUCCAAGCAUGACUUGCUGACGUCACACACAUCAUUCAGUCCCGUCGACCCAUGUGACCUCUCCGUUUGUCAAACAGCGGAAACACAAACUUUAAAAGGGCAACGAUGUUCUUUUUCUUCUUCGUUUCCGACCUGCAGGUGUGAAAGUGAUGCACGUUUUGGGGAUUAAAAUGAUAGAAAAUACAAUUAACUCUUGGCACCCGUUGGAAUCCACAUUUCCUGCAGCGACGGUCCCCCCCACUCCCAUCGCCGUGGUAACGGCCUCGUGAGCUCACCAAGUUCACUUCUUAUCCGAGGCGACCUGCUGCUUUAAUGUGUUCCAGCUGCUCUUGGAUCUUUGAACUUUUUUCCUCCUCAAGCUGACGAGGUGAUGAUUUAUUGUAUUUUUCUUUUAAAGGCGUUCCUUUAACUCAGGAGGGAUGGGGGGGGUCUCUGUGGGAGGAGCUCCCCGCCUGUCGGAACCUGUUCACAUGUCUUCAGCUAUAACUCAUUUAGUUCAGACACAGAUGGGGGCCUCGCAUUAAAUAUUAAAAUCGUUUCCAUUGUUAAACUUCUCGUGGAGGGGUUUACGUGCUCGCUCGUCAUUUGGAGCGGGGAUCCAUGAAACUCGGAUCGUAAGAAGUUGAAGAAGACACAACGUUGAGGUGUCGACUUCUAUUUUCAGCCUGCUAGUGUUUUUUUCUUCAUUUUAGCGCGUCGUUUUAUAUGCCGAUUAUGAAAUCUGUACAUAAGAUCUACUUUCAUCUGGAUAUACUUGUAAAAUGUGUACAAUAUUGAUCCGCCUAAUAGAAGCUUUUAUAUUAUUUAACUGAGAUCCACUGUUCAACAUAGGCGUUCGCCGUAUGUCUUUUAAUAAGUAUAUUUUGUAUAUGUUUUAAUGACUUUUCUUUGAGCGGCAUGCCGAUUUGACAGUUUUUCCUUUGUCGUUGGCUCGUUUUCGGCCUGAAAUAAGGAAACGAGUCCACGAGGCGGAGCGCCCCGUGUGCAAGUUGGACCUGAUCUUUAACUCCCUCCUGUUGCGAUGAUGAGAAGCAAUCCAAAGUGUCUCGUGUUGUAUUCAUCACUGGCGUUAUGACUCAAUAAAAAGGCUCUGGCACGCCGCGUGUCCUCUGGUUUGAUUUAAUGGGCUGGCGCAGGACGUCAAUACAACAGAUUGUUGUCUCUGCUGAGUACUUUGAGUAUUGACGCGGGUUACGAGCGGGGGAUUGAUCGAGCACCGUAAGUUCCUCCAGGCACGCGCCACGAGAUCCAUAUUUUGAUUGAUAAAUAAAUGUUUUGAUCGGAAACGACAGUCUCGAAUCCGAUGCCGUCGUAUAACUCGGAUCCUAUUCUACUUUUCUGGUGGUUUGAGGCCUGCGGACUAUUCGCCAUCUUCCUGUGAACAGGAAGUGGCGUAGAGACGGAUCUGGUAGCAACCUGUCAAUCCCCCUCGGAGCCCCGCCCUAAAGCAUACUCUGCUUUAUGCUCUAUUUCACCAUCAUUUGCGAAAUGAACAACAGUGGGUCUAGCAGCCAGCACAACACACUCAACUCUCCAACACAGCUCUCCAGGUGUUGAGUGGCAUUAUGGGAAACGUAGGCAACGGGUUUUGACAGAGGAACGCGUGGAGAGAUAAACGAUCGUCCACGGCGAGUCGGACAACAUUAAAAGUGCAACGCUCAAUCGACUGAGCACUGGGCGACUCACGACAGCACCACAUAUGGAUUCAUCCGCAGAUGAAAAUAGUCCCAAACAAACUUGACAAUACUGAGCAGCUGUUUCAGGAAAAAGGUUCCAUAUAAUACUGAGCUUGUAAAGUAUUGACGGAGAAAGACGAUUCAUUAGUGAGGAUAAACUACUAAUGACAUUUAGUAUUGAUAAUGAUGACGCAAUCAAUAAAUCACUUCACCCGGA